CCAGAAGCCCCUCCCCUCUCGCAAGAUGGCGCCGGGCCGCCACAGACGUCGGUCUGUUGUUUACUUCCGGUCGCCCAGCGGCAACGUCGUGCCGUGAUCGCGCGUGCACGGGGGCAGUGCGCGUCCACGGCGGCCCACCUGUAGCGACGAAGGUAGACUUCCCUCCUCUUUUUCCCGUGGACAUGAAGCUUCCGGAUUUCCUGUGCGCGCGCAUGUGGCGCCCAGUCCGCGGCCGGAACGCGGCGACGCGAGACGACUGAAGAGUUUUUUUUUGUUUUUUCCCUCCACUGGGAGAAACGCGGAGGAUGGAUGGAGAACAUUUCGCGGUGGCGAGGGAGAGAGAGAAGCUCCCGCUGAUCUCCCACAGCUCUUCUCCGACCGGACCGACCCGCGGAGCCAAACAUCCGUUGCCGUCACUCGGGACCCUCAUCGCCACGCUCAACCACAGGAGGGACGUGACGGGGCGAGUGGCGCCCGGCGGCGGCGCGGCGGGCUUCAGGCACGUGCGUGAUCUCCCGCCAAUAUGCGGAAACGUGCGCCAUAAGCAGCGAGCGUCCAUCGACACGCUGCCCCCGGAGGCCAAGGCUCCCUUCCCCACCGACCCCGUCAUCCCACUCCGCACCAAGACCGCCAAGGACUUCCUGGAGGACACGGAGCGCGCCGUGCUGUCAGGUGACUGGCGGGAGGUCCGGGAGUUUUACCUGACCACCUUCGACUCCUUCAUCGAGCUCAACGCCGCCUUCAAGCGUGAACCCAACGGGUGCUUCAACACCAUCGACGACUCUGGGAUCAACGCCAAGUUUGUCAACGUGGUCUUCGACUCUCUGCUUAGCGCCCCUCAGGACAUCCAGAAGUCGGUGCUGAAGGGCAUCAUCAACAGUCUGCUGCGGGAGUGGAAGGGUCCUCGCACCAAAGAUGACCUGCGUGCUUACUUCAUUCUGGUUCAGAACCCUCAGUACUCCAGCACCAGCACCUACGUCAUCUACGCCCACCUGUUGAGGCAGAUGGCGGCGCUGUCCGAGGCCGACCAUCACUUCCUGGUCCACUGGCUGAAAAAGUUGUCGGCGCGGCGUUUCCGUCAGCUGGUAGAGCGCCUCCUGCAGUUCAUCUCCACCCGGCUGUUUCCUGCCGAGCCCGACGAGCUCCCGCCGGCGUCCAAGUGCUCGUGGUGGAUCCCGUCGGCCACCAAAGUGCUGGCCCUCUUCAACGCGGCCAACAGCGUGGCGUCUCCUCCCAUCAUGCCGUUCACCGACUUCUACAACAUCACCCUGGAGCACAUCGACUAUGAGGAGUAUCGGACCUGGCAGAGCUACGGAAACUCCAACAGGUUCUCCUUCUGCCAGUUCCCCUUCAUCCUGUCCACGGCGGUGAAGAAGGCCAUCAUCCAGAAGGACUCGGAGCAGCAGAUGAUCAGCCAGGCCAGGCAAAGUCUGGUGAGCAAAGUGUCGCGGCGUCAGCGCGUGGACAUGAACCUCCUCUUCCUCAACAUCAAAGUACGACGGGCACAGCUCCUCGCCGACUCGCUGGACGAGUUGACCAGGAAGCGGUGCGACCUGAAGAAGAAGCUGCGAGUGACGUUUGUAGGAGAGGCGGGACUUGACAUGGGCGGUCUGACCAAGGAGUGGUUCCUGCUGCUCGUCAGGCAGAUCUUCCACGCCGACUACGGAAUGUUCACCUUCAUGAAGGACUCACGCUGUCAUUGGUUCAGCAGCUGGAAGUGUGACAACUACUCCGAGUUUCAGCUCAUUGGGACUCUGAUGGGCUUGGCGGUUUACAACAGCAUCGCACUGGACAUCCACUUCCCUCUUUACUGUUACAGGAAGCUGCUCACUCCGCCCACCAUACCAUGUGACCAGAAUGCCCUUGUUGGCAUGGCGACCGCCACCUUGGAGGACCUGCAGCAGAUCAUGCCGGAGCUGGCUCACGGCUUAGAGGAGCUGCUGAACUACGACGGGAACGUGGAGGAAGACUUUUAUCUCACAUUUCAGGUGUGUCAGGAGGAAAUGGGCGUGGUCAAAUGGUACAACCUGAAGCCAGGAGGCGACAAGAUACCUGUCAACAAACACAACAGGAAGGAGUACGUCCAUCUUUACGUGGACUUCCUGCUCAACAAGUCUAUCUGCAAGCAGUUUGCUGCCUUCUACCACGGCUUCCACAGUGUGUGUGCCUCUGACGCACUCAUGCUGCUGCGUCCGGAGGAGGUGGAGAUGUUGGUGUGUGGAAGUCCUCAGCUGGACAUGAGCGCCCUGCAGCGGGCCGCCAUCUACGACGGAUACAGCAAGAACGACGCCACCGUCAGGAGUUUCUGGGAGGUGGUGCUUGCCUUCCCGCUGGAGCUGCAGAAGAAGUUGCUGCACUUCGCCACAGGAAGUGAUCGCAUUCCCGUGGGAGGAAUGGCCGACCUAAACUUCAAAAUCUCCAAGCUGGAUGCCCCCACCGACUGGCUGCCCGUAUCGCACACGUGCUUCAAUCAGAUCUGCUUGCCGCCGUAUCGCAGCCGGAAGGAGCUGAAGCACAAACUGACCAUCGCCAUCUCCAACGCCGAGGGCUUUGGCCUCCAGUGACAUGCCGCCAUCUCCCUUUGUUUUGCUCCCCUCGACGCCGUCGCCUUUCUUAAAGGCACAGUACACGUGUAUUUAAAGGAACCCCUACGUAACACGAGCGCCUCAACAAGUUAGCGGCGCAGCUAGCGCGCCCUACUAGUACGCAUGUAAACGCAGCCCCGCUACGUGCUAAGGAAGUUAGCACAUUGUGACGCCGGCUUAGGAGGAAGCCUUGAUUGUUCGACGUUGUCGUGUCGUUUGUAGACGAAGAAGAAAUUGUUUGGUGUAGUCUUUGAUUGACAGCAGCCUUUCAGCCAAGCGUUAGCUUAGCAUUAGCUUAGCGGGACGGGUGGAGAAAUGACGAGAGCGUGAGAAAAGUUUAGUGCCAAGUGUGUUUCCAUGGUAACACCUGGUGCCAGAGCGCCGUCAGGCAAUGUGGGUCAACACACACAAACACACUCACAUACUGGUUAUCAUUGGGAAUGGGCACCAAGUUGUUGUUCAGGACUUGUGGGGACCACACUUUCUACAGGUUGUGGAGGCAUUAAAAAAUGAGGUAAAAUGGCCACUGCCCAGUUAGCUCAUACACGUCUUUAAAUCUCUGGAUUGAUGAAGUAAUGCGCUGAUCAUACUUACUGGGGACCCUGGGUAAAAAGACCAUUCUUGGGGACCAAAUUUAAAUAACUUUGCAUCAUUCACACAAAUUUGUAAGUGACUACUGAGAACCAUUUGAAGAAAAACAACAAACCACAACAAAACAAAACAACAAACCACCUUCGUUAUGGGGAUCAGGUGGAAGUGAUUAACUAUACACGGAAGAAGUGUGAGCAGAGCAGCGAGUGCAGUACCAGCGACAGCCCUAUGAGGGGGCUGCUGUGCAAAUGUCUCACUCUCAAACUAACCAGUAAACAUGUGUUUUUGGAACAAAAGUUUAAAGAUCACUUAGGCAUCUUCAGAAUGGAUCUGACUAUCAUUUAUAAAGGUUUCCCUUGAGGGGACCUGUUUUUAUGUCCCUGUACCGUCAGAGGUCCCCUAAAGGUCUGACUGUGUAAACAGAGCAAUGUCCCCAUUAAGUCAGCAUUGCCAGAACACACACACACACAUAAUGGUUAUCAAACGGAAUGGGGACCAAGUUUUUGAUCAGUACUUGUGGGGACCACCCUUUCUACAGGUUGUGGAGGCAUAAAAAAAUGAGGUAAAAUGGCCACUGCCCAGUUAGCUCAUACACGUCUUUAAAUGUCUGGGUUGAUGAAGUAAUGUGCUGAUCAUACUUACUGGGGACCCUGGGGAAAAAGACUUAAUAUGGUUCAUGGGAACCAAAAUUAUAUGAUUCUGCAUAAUUCACACAAAUUUGUACGUGACUACUAAGAACCAUUUAAAAAAAACAACAAACCACAACAAAACAAAACAACAAACCACCUUCGUUAUGGGGAUCAGGUGGAAGUGAUUAACUAUACACGGAAGAAUUGUGAGCAGAGCAGCGAUUGCAGUACCAGCUACAGCCCGAUGAGGGGGCUGCUGUGCAAAUGUCUCACAUUCAAACUAACCAGUAAACAUGUUUUUUGGGCCAAAAGCUUAAAGAUCACUUAGGCAUCUUCAGAAUGGAUCUGACUAUCAUUUAAAAAGGUUUUUCCUUUAGGGGACCUGUUUAUAUGUCCCCGUACUGUCAGAGGUCCCCUAAAGGUCUGACUGUGUAAACAGAGCAUUGUCCCCAUUAAGUCAGCAUUGCCAGAACAAACACACACACACACAUUCUGGUUAUCAAACGGAAUGGGGACCAAGUUUUUGAUCCAUACUUGUGGGGACCACCCUUUCUACAGAUUGUGGAGGCAUAAAAUGAGGUAAAAUGGCCACUGACUAGUUAGCUCAUACACGUCUUUAAAUGUCUGGAUUGAUAAAGUAAUGUGCUGAUCAUAAUUUAAUGGGGACCCUAGGGAAAAGUUUUAAUAUGGUUCAUGGGGACCAAAUUUUAAUCAUUUUGCAUAAUUCACACAAAUUUGUACGUGACUACUGAGGACCAUUUAAAAAAAACAACAAAUCCCAACAAAACAAAACAACAAACCACCUUCGUUACGGGGAUCAGGUGGAAGUAAUUAACUAUACCCGGAAGAAGUGUGAGCAGAGCAGCGAGUGCAGUCCAGCUACAGCCCGAUGAGGGGGCUGGUGUGCCAAUGUCUCACACGCAAACUAACCAGUAAACAUGUUUUUUGGGCCAAAAGCUUAAAGAUCACUUAGGCAUCUUCAGAAUGGAUCUGACUAUCGUUUAAAAAGGUUUCCCUUUAGGGGACCUGUUUUUAUGUGCCCGUACCGUCAGAGGUCCCCUAAAGGUCUGACUGUGUAAACAGAGCAAUGUCCCCAUUAAGUCAGCAUUGCCAGAACACACACACACACACACACACACACACGCACACACACGCACGCACACACACGCACGCACACACACACAGCGAGAGAGGCCAGUGGCUCUCAAAGCUUCUUUUGUCUCACUCAGUCAGUCGCCAUCCCAGUCCUGAUGACACAAGUGCAUAAACAGGAAGUAGUUGUGUUGUAAGCACACUUAAUUCCUGUUUGAGCUCGGCAGUCUUCGUCGAUUCUCCGCUUAAAUUGUACUUUUUUGUCUUGUCCUUGUUCUGUAUUAUUACCAUUCAAACUUGCUCUCUUUCACUCUUUAUUUAUUAAAAGAGACAUGAACAAA